UCAUUCAGUUGCGCGCCGUCAAACAGCACCAACGCAGAUCAUCCGUUGUGUAUUUUCGCCGAUUUUUGUUUUAGUUGCUUUUUUGUUUGUGUGACAAGAAGAAAAAGAAUUGUUUUUAAGACCUCUCAUCAGGGUUAAAAGUGUAUAUACUUUGCUAAUCGCAAUCGUAGUUUGGAGAGCAAUAAUGGGGAUCAAUCCCCGUUUGGAUAAAUCUCCAAUGCCGAUGCUGUGGAAACUGUUUGUGCUGUGCGCUAUUGUGCAAUCCGUAGGAGUAUGUGCUAAGCAACUGAAUACAAGUGAAGAUUGGAGUUUUGAUGACGACAAAAAUGUUAACUUGGAUGAAAAUAGUUUAAGUGCGGACCAUCUGCGACCCUAUCAAGUCCAAGAACACAAAUCACUCAUCGAUGACGAAGAACAAAGCAAUUUGGGACAAGUUUUUAGAUUUAAACGGGCCACAAAGAAAAAGUCUAUUUCCCACAAGCACAAAAAAAGGUCAAGUCGAAAACCUCGAGAUGAUCUCAAUGACAAUGCAGAGUCCUCCGGAGACACCGACAUUGAAUAUGAUGAUGAUGACGGUGGUGAUGAUGAUUUGGGUGACAAUGAAACUGAUUUGGCAACUGACAUUUCUUACUAUCAAGUCAUGUUCAUUGCAAAUGAAUUAUGGUCUGAGAACUUACGUAGAAAAGAAAGCAGCGAGUUUAUGGCACUUCAUCGAAGUCUAGAAGUCGGCUUCAGUGAUUUAUUUAAUUCUAUGUCCAGUGAUGACGAGAACGAGAACGAAAUCAAAGCCAAUCUUAUUAACGUUGCUCGCACAAAUGAUCCUUUCAAAGUGCACGUAACAAUGCAGUUUGAAAUCACAGGCAACAAUGGCGAAGCAUUUGACAAACUCAUCCAAAACCAAAUCCAACAGUAUUCGAAGAUUGGUGAGAUUGGAGCUGAAUUAGAUGACAACUAUGUCUAUCGUCGCAUCAAUGAUAUUGAAAAUCCUCCUGCAUUGAACGAUUAUGUGUACACUGUUAAGUUAUCUAAAACUACUCCUCGUUCUAAUGACAGAGACAAUGAGGAGAAUUAUAAUAAUAAUAAUAAUUCACCUUAUGAUUCCGAAUUUAAUGGACCACAAACAUCUCCGGAAACUUCAUACCCAGAUCAUAGUGAGUCCUACGACAAUAAUAAUUACAAUGAACAUGAUUCUGAUUCUGGAUCCGAUACACGUCCCGAAUAUCCUGUUCAUUCAUUACUGCCUACCACCAACUCGGACAACAAUGACUUUUCUGACAAUGGCAAUGAAAGCGAUCCUAAGUCAGAUAGAACUCCAUCAUCAGGUUCUGAUGACUACGAUCGCAUUGACGAACCUCAACCUGGGCAAACUCCACCCUCAAACGAAGACAAUGAUUCGUAUAAUGAAUGCAAUAAGAAUAUCAAUGGCAAAUUUAGAUGUAACAAUGGUGUGGAAAUAAGCUGCAAUCAAUGGUGCGAUCGAGUUGCUGACUGUGACGAUGAGUCAGAUGAAAAUGAUUGUCCUAACCCAUCAGAAACAAACGACAUUAAUGAAGGAGGAGAACCUUAUGAUCCUUCAACAAAUGAAUACGAAAUUGAUACUUCAACAUCAAGUAGUACUGUUUCGAGGGAUCCAUUAGAAAGAGGAAGAGAAAAUCCAUCAUAUGGUGAAAGUGAUGAUGGAAGAGGUUUUGACACAGCUACUGAAAGUAUUAUCACGGAUUAUCCAUCUGGAGGUGGAGAAAACUAUCCCAAUAGAGAAAAUCCCGAGUGCAGAGGUGAUACAAUGUUCCAUUGUUAUGCCAGUAACACAAAUGUUUGUGAUGAACAACAUUGUGAUGGGCAACAAGAUUGUCCAAAUGGCGAGGAUGAAGCUGGCUGUCCUGAAUAUGACGUCCAAUGUUCUGAAAAUGAAUUCAAAUGUGAUGACACUUGUGUACCACUCCACCUUAAAUGCAAUGGUUACGAGGAAUGUCGUGACAAAACUGAUGAACAAGACUGUCCAAAAGCCUGUCUUCAAAAUGAGUACCAAUGUCGAAGUGGUGACUGUAUACCAGGAAACAAACGUUGUGAUGAAGAACCAGACUGCCCCGAUAGAGAUGAUGAGGAAAAUUGCCAAAAGUGUAAGGACAAUCAGUUUAAGUGCGUCGAAAGCGGGGUGUGCAUUCCGAUUGAGUUGCGCUGCGAUCGAUUUAAUCAAUGUAAUGAUAAAUCAGAUGAAAUCGGUUGUGAGAACUAUAGAGCUCAGAAGAAGACGCGACGACCACCGCCAAAUUUUCCGACAAGGAAUUACUCGACGACCACAAAUGGACCCAAAAAGUGGACCGAAGAAUGCACAUUAGAUGAAUUUAGUUGCCGAAAUGGUGCUUGUAUUCCAAUUGAAGCCGUUUGUGACGGACAACCAGAUUGCUCUGAUCACGAGGAUGAGAACGAAGCUACAUGCUCUUGUCGAAGCUCAGAGUUUAAAUGUUUGCAUGGCGGUGGGUGUGUUCCAAAAUAUCAAUUAUGCGAUAAAAUAAAACAAUGCAAAGAUGGAAGCGAUGAAGAUAAUUGCAAUAAUCAUCAAAUUUUUAAUAAUAGUAGGGCAAACGGAAAAUGUUUGAGUUUCCAAUAUCAGUGUGCAGUUGGAAAUUGUAUAUUAAGUUAUAAACGUUGUAAUGGUAUCACCGAUUGUCCUGAUGGAUCCGAUGAAUUAAAUUGCCAGGAUUCUCAAAAUAAUUAUGAUUACAAAGAUGAAAAUUAUGACACAUUUGACAUGGACACUACACACUGUGAAUUAUAUGAGUUUGAAUGCGAUCAGACGCAAUGCGUUCCAAUUGAAAAACGAUGCGAUGGCUAUACAGAUUGUGAUGAUGAAACAGAUGAAUCAAACUGUCCACCAUUAGCAGCAUAUUGUUCGGUAAAUGAAUUCGAGUGUGAUAAAACGUAUUGUAUACCAAAGGAUCAACGAUGUAAUGGUGCACCACAAUGUGAUGACAGUACAGAUGAAUUUAAUUGUACCUACUGUCAAGAUGGUGCUUUUCUUUGCUUAAAUGGCCAAUGUACGAAGAAUUCAAAUCGUUGCAAUGAUAAAAGCGAUUGCGCUGAUUCAAGUGACGAACUCAACUGUGAUGACAGACUAGCGGUUAAUGAUAGAUGUCCCCCUCUAACCUUCUUUUGUGAUGGUAUUUGUCUGCAUUGGGAUAAAGUGUGUGAUAAUAAACCAGAUUGUCUAGAUCAAAGUGAUGAACAAAAUUGUCACGAAAACAAUGACACAAUUAACACUAUUGAAGAACACUGUCAACGUGGUCAUUGGGAAUGUGACAAUAAUGAAUGUAUAAAUAUUGAGUUUUUAUGUGACAAGCAUGAUGAUUGUUUGGAUGGAUCCGAUGAGGCUCCAAGAACAUGCAACAAGGAGGCUCAUGAGACUGCAGAAGAUUGUUCACGUGAUGAAUUCUUCUGUGAUGAUCGAUGCCAUCCGAUUUCAAUUCGCUGCAAUCAAAUAAAGGAGUGUUUUGAUGAAAUCGACGAACAGAAUUGUUUGUAUAACGAGACAUAUCCUGGAAAUAGUGGAGGUAACUAUCCACCAAAUCCUUACCCGUGUCAUGAACUUAUGUGCGCCAGUGGAAAGAGAAAGUGUUAUAAGUUCUCAGAAAAAUGCGAUGGAAUUCCCGAUUGUGAUGAUGGUUCGGACGAAGAGAACUGUGGUUGUGGACCAAACGAUUUUACUUGCCGUUCUGGAGACUGUGUACCUCUGUCAGCUAAAUGUAAUCGAUUCUAUGAUUGCUUGGACAAAUCCGAUGAAGCGGAUUGCCGAGAGUCAGAAAUUGGUUGCCUGAAUUAUCAGUUCCGUUGUUCAAAUGGCCAAUGUAUUUCUGAUGGUGCUCGUUGUGACGGUCAUACGGAUUGUAUUGAUGGAUCGGAUGAAAGAAACUGUCCAUACACACCACCAAACCCACAGUUAAAUCUGAAGACAUAUCCUAACAGCCAAAUUAUUAAAGAAAGAUAUAUAAUGGAAGGUCGUGAAGUCAUCUUCCGUUGUCGUGAUGAAGGACCACUUAGAGCUAAAGUUAGAUGGAGUCGUCCAGGUGGCAGGCCAUUGCCAUCAGGAUUCAUGGACAAAAAUGGAAGGCUGGAAAUUCCAAAUAUUCGGGCUGAUGAUUCUGGUAAAUACAUCUGUGAAGCUGUUGGUUACCCAUCCCACAUUCAAGGACAAUCAGUAUCGGUUCAUUUAACUGUAGAGCCAUAUAACCCGAACGCCGAUCGUCCGCCCACAGCAUGCCAUGAAAACCAAGCUACUUGUAUGAAUGGUGAGUGCAUUGACAAGAACCAGAUUUGUGACGGAACUCCACACUGUUCGGAUGGAUCGGAUGAACACAGCUGCAGUCGGGACCGAAGAUGUCAUCCCAAUCAGUUCUUGUGUAAGAACACUAAGUGCAUUGAUCGAAUCUGGCGUUGUGAUGGUGAAAACGAUUGCGGUGAUAACUCUGACGAGGACAGUUGUGACGCUGAACCAACUGGUUCCUCGUGCAGAUACGAUGAAUUUCAGUGCAGAAGUGGACAUUGUAUACCUAAGUCAUUCCACUGUGAUGACACCAACGACUGCAAGGAUGCUUCCGAUGAAAUUGGUUGCACUGCACCUGCUGUUAUUGUUAAACCAAAGGCUUUGGAGCGAUUGCCAGUUGGCGGUUUCUUGAACAUCACAUGCCGAGCUGCUGGUGUCCCAACUCCAGUGAUUGUAUGGCGUCUUAACUGGGGCCAUGUCCCUGAGAAGUGUGAAUCUAAGUCGUAUGCGGGUGUUGGAACUCUGUACUGUCCCAAUAUGGAAGUUAAGGACAGCGGAGCAUACUCUUGUGAAGUAAUAAACUCUAAGGGUACACUAUUUGUUACUCCUGAUACAUUGGUCACUGUAUUUGACAACAAGCCAAGUCAAGAUGUUUGCCCUGCUGGAUAUUUCAAUGUCAUGGCUCAGCGACAAGAAGAGUGCAUAAAUUGUUUCUGCUUCGGUGUUUCGAGUACUUGUAAAAGUGCCGAUUUGUACACUUACUCCCUCCAGCCUCCAAUUACUUCGCAUAAGGUGGUCGGUGUUGAAAUUCGUCCGUACCAAGACGUGAUUAUUUCUGAACUACCAAGAUCCAACAUUAUUUCAGUACACCAUGGUGUACAAUUCCGGGCGUCUGACAUAGGAUAUUCCCGCGUCUUGGCAUACUUAGCCCUGCCAUCUGAUUACCUUGGUGGACAACUCCGAUCGUAUGGUGGCUUCUUGAAGUAUGACGUUCAAUACCAAGCGGAAGGACGCCCAACCGAUACUCCUGAUGUGAUAAUUUCAGGAAAUGGUUUCACUUUGACUUACCGUAACCGCAAUCAGCCACAACCUGAUGUCAGUAACAAAAUCUCUAUACCGUUAGUGGCUGGCAACUGGCUUAAGCCUGACGGUCGCCGGGCUACACGUCAAGAAAUAAUGAUGAUCUUGGCAAAUGUUGACAAUAUUUUAAUUCGUUUGAGCUAUGUUGAAGCAACUGAGCGCGAAGUUGAGUUGACUAAUAUCAAUAUGGAUUCAGCGGGAGUCGAUGACCGUGGUUUGGGAUCCGCUUCGUUGGUGGAACAAUGUUCAUGCCCAGCAGGAUACACUGGAGAUUCGUGCGAGCAAUGCGCUACUGACUACGUUCGUCAACCCGGUGGUCCAUGGCUGGGACGAUGCGUUCCUAUAGAGAAGGAUGUGCAAUGUCCUCCUGGAACUUACGGUGAUCCUCGUAGAGGAAUUAAAUGCAGUCCCUGCCCAUGCCCAAUGAUAAACCCGUCCAACAACUUUGCCAACGGAUGCACUAUUGGCCCUGACGGCGAGCCUAUUUGCAACUGUCAACAAGGUUACACAGGUCGUCGAUGUGGAUUCUGUGCUGAAGGCUACGAAGGUGAUCCUUUCCGUCCAGGAGGCCAUUGUUAUCCAAGACCUGACAAUGAUUGCAAUCCUGAUGGAACACUUAAUGCCCGACCAGAUGGAAGCUGCGAGUGUAAAUCUCAUGUAACUGGCUCCCGUUGUGAUGAAUGCAAAGCAGAAUCCUUCUUCUUGAACUCAUUCACCUAUUCCGGAUGCACAGAGUGCUUCUGUAUGGGAAUCACCAAGCAAUGUUCUAGCAGCUCAUGGUACCGUACUUCGAUUACUACCAACUUUGGACGCACUCACGUUCCACACGGAUUCAAUUUGGUCAGUGGAUACGAUAGCCCACAACCUUUCCCUGUAGAAUUCUACCAGUCGAAUAGUCAACUUUCCUUUGGACGACCCGAACAGAACGAUGUACUAUAUUGGAGUCUGCCAGCUGACUUUUUAGGUGACAAGAUCACUGCCUAUGGUGGUAACUUAAACUAUACCCUAAGUUACAGCCCACUACCUGGUGGCCAGAUUUCAAGGAAUGCUGCUCCCGAUGUUGUCAUUAAAAGUGCUAAUGGCAUUUCGAUUCUUCAUUUCCGCAAACCCCCAGUCAAUCCUAGCGUCUCCCAAACCUAUAGUAUUCCAAUUUUGGAAAGUUCUUGGCAGCGUGGUGAUGGUAUCACUGUUAAUCGGGAGCAUUUGCUUAUGACACUAGCCAAUGUUACAGCCAUUUACAUCAAAGCAACUUAUACAACUGUAACCAAGGAUGGUACUCUGACAUUCGUGAGCUUAGAUGUUGCAGAGAAAACUAACCAUGGCACAAGUCGAGCCUAUGAAGUGGAAGAGUGUCGUUGCCCUCCAGAAUACACAGGUCUUUCCUGUGAAGACUGUGCCCCUGGAUAUAAGAGGCGAGCAUAUUCCGGCAUUUACCUCGGACUAUGUGAAGCUUGCGAAUGCAAUGGCCAUUCUGAAGAAUGCAACUCCGGAACUGGAGUAUGCUCGAAUUGUCGUGAUAAUACCGUUGGAGAGAUGUGUGAAGAAUGCGCUCCAGGUUACUAUGGAAAUGCUACUAACGGUACUCCACAUGACUGUCAACCAUCGGGAGAAAAUCAAGGACGAUGUGAACAAUGCAACGCCGCUGGUACUUAUUCUUGUAAUGACGGCUAUUGUCAGUGUAAACGUAAUGUCGAAGGUCAAAGCUGUGACCAAUGUCGUCGCGGAACAUUUGGUCUUGACGCAGACAAUAUCGACGGUUGUUCCGAAUGCUUCUGUUCUGGAGCAUCGACUCAGUGCUACGCUGGAAACUUCUACAGACAGCUUAUGCCAAUACCAUUCAUUGACAAGGUGCCAACGAUUACAGACGAUAACGGUGAUCUUCUUGACACUGGCAACAUGCAGCUUGACUGGGAACAGAAUAUGUUUAACUACAGUACACCAUCUUACACUCAAAAAUACUGGAGCCUCCCAUCCACGGUAGUUGGUGAUCGCCUUAAAUCAUAUGGUGGCGAAUUGUCAUUCGUACUUCGAGUAGCUUCAAGCUACGGAAACUAUGAACCCGGAAAGGACGUGAUUAUUAUUGGAAAUGGCAAUAAACUGUUUUGGACUCGUUCACCAAAUUCCAUUGAAGAUGAAGACAUCAAAGUUAAAUUGCACGAAAAUGACAACUGGACGACUAAUGAUGGUGCCAAAGCCUCACGCACUGACAUUAUGACUGUUCUCUCAAAUCUCGAAUUCCUUUUGAUCCGUGCCACUCCGAAAAUUCCAACUGAGUCUACCUCAAUUGGCAAUGUAAUCCUUGAAACUGCCAGUGAAGUUAACACCGAAGCUAAUGCCAAGCGGGUUACAAAUAUCGAGGUUUGCAGAUGUCCUACUGGAUACACCGGUAGCAGCUGUCAGUCCUGCUUACCCAUGUAUUACCGUGACACCAGUGACUUUAGUGUAUCUUCAUACGGAUCAUGUGUGCAAUGCCCAUGCAGUGAUGGAGCCGAAUCUUGCAGUUACACUGAUCGUGGAUACGUUCAGUGCCGUUGCAAGCCUGGCUACUCAGGUGAUCGAUGCCAAAACCCAAGAUCAGAUCCUGGUACAGCAACUCUGACAACUACUUCUCGGCCAGAUUAUGAAACUGAAAUAACAGUUUCAAUUUCAGCCCCAGCAAUUAGUAUUGUUCCAGUUGGUGGUUCGGUAACAUUCUUCUGUUCAGGAAUGUUCACAGUUAAUAGGAUUCCAGUUAUUGUCAACUGGUAUAAGUUGAACGGACGUCUACCAUACCAAACCUACCAAGAUCAAGGAGCACUCUAUUUGCGUGAUCUGCAAAUCCAGGAUUCUGGUGUUUACAUUUGCCAAGCUAAGGCUGGAAGCAAGAUGUUUGAAGACAAAGUGUCGGUCACAGUAUCACCACGAAACCAAGAAUCUAAGCCGACUAUCAAUUUGGAAUCACCAUACAUAACCGUUGACGAAUACCAUCCUCUCGAUGUGGAUUGCAAUGCCACUGGCAAUCCAAGACCAAUUAUAACCUGGACACGCAUUGGUGAACCUUUGUCACGUGAUGCUCGAUUCGAUGGUGAUCGUAUGAUAUUCUCUUCAGUGAGAAAGUCAGACGAAGGCUCAUACCGUUGUACGGCUGAAAAUUCAGUUGGCAGAGAAGACCGAGUUGUUGCGAUUUAUGUGAACCCGGCUCCACAGCCCACACAACCACCAACACCAAUUCCCGGACGUAGCAUGAUUUAUAUUGAACCAUCGCAAGUUCAAGGAGUUGUAGGCGAUACCAUUCGUUUGUCCUGUCUGCAAAGAGCACAAAUUGCUUUGGUUUAUGACUGGACCAAGGAUAAUGCUCCAGUUCGUUGGAAUAGGAACAUGAAUGUUAGGGAAAACGAACUCAUCAUUCGCGAUGCUGUGGUAGAAAAUUCUGGUCGUUACACUUGUACCGGAAUUGAUCAGAGGGCUCGAAGGAACUACACAUCAACUGCUUACAUAAUUAUUGAUGAGAGACAGGAUGGUGGUUACGUUGAUGGUGGAAGUCCAAGCGGAGUUGCACCAAAAAUUAAACACUUGGAACGAGAAUAUACCAUUGCUCAGGGUCAAGACUUAAGUAUAACUUGUGAAGCUGGUGGCACACCUUACCCCACAAUCAAAUGGACAAAGGUUCAUUCAUCGUUUGAAUCAAAUAUUCAGCAAACCGGAAAUGUGCUUCGCAUUAUCAAUGCCCAGCCCGAUAACCGCGGUGUCUUCCUUUGUGUUGUCGAAAACACCCUUGGAUCAGAUCAAGCUGCCACAAGAAUCGAUGUUGAACCUCGUGAGCGUCCCUCUAUUGAGCUAUAUCCACAAGAGCCACAAAGUGUACUCGUUGGCUCUAACUUCACAAUUAACUGUAACUUCGUAUUGGGAAUUCCAACGCCAAAACUAACAUGGAGACGUGCAGGUGGUCUUCCAAUGCCUUCUAGCUUUAUUGAGGAAUACUCUGGUACCGGAAGCUUUGUUAAUAUUCAGUACUCGGAUGGUGGUGAAUAUGAGUGCGUGGCAGAAAACGUUGCCGGAAGAACAUCUGGAAUUGUCAGCAUCUUGGUCCAAGAACCACCGAGGAUUAUGCUUGAGCCCAACGAAGAGUAUGUAGGAGUUACCGAAGGAGAUGAACUGAAAAUAGUUUGCUCGGCCAGUGGAACUCCAUCACCAUCAGUCCAAUGGAUAGAUGAAGACAACGCCUUAGCGGCUCGUACACUACACAGCAAUUUAGGAUCAUCAGCAGUUCUGGAAAUAUAUCGUGUGACAUUGAACGACGCCAAGGUUUAUACAUGUCAAGCAAGUAACGAUGCUGGUGUUGAUGUUAAGUAUGUUACCGUUGAUGUUCAAAAGAGACGAGGAGAUAUAGGUAUAAACGAAGUUUACAAUCCUCCACCAAAUCGCCAACCACCAAACCGCCAACAACCCACAUCUGCCAAAUAUAAUGCUGAGAUUGGAGAAACUGCUAAACUAAGCUGUGAUAUAAGCAAUCAACCACAGAUAGAUGUCCGUUGGGAGCGUGUUGAUGGCCUACCUUUGCCUAAGAGCUCAUACAUCGAUAGAAAUACUUUGGUUAUUGACCCAGUCGAAUCUGAUGCUUUUGGUCAAUAUCAAUGUAACGCCUACGAAGGCAACCAAAUAGUUACUUUUAUCAUUGCUGAGCUAACAUUGUUACCAAUUCCGCACAUUACCCUACAUCCUAAGAUGCCACUUACUGUGAAAGCUAAUGAAAAUGUUGAAAUCAGUUGUGAUGUAACUGGAGCCAAGCCCAUGAAUGUUGUUUGGUAUGCUGAUAACAAUCGCCCUCUGCCACCAUCUGUUCAAGUCUAUGGACCAUACCUUCGAUUUAAUGCGAUUACACCGGCCGAUGCAGGACGUUACUACUGUUCAGUGACAAAUGCCUAUGGCAACAGCACUGAAGUAGCCGAGGUGAUAGUUGAUCGUGGAGUUUCUGUGGAACAGCCUUCAAGUUCAAGACAAUAUUUUAUUAACGAAGGCGAAGAUGCUGAAUUGACUUGUGAUAUAAGAUCUAGAAAUAGAGAACCAAUUCCGCAAGACACUCAGGUCAUCUGGCGUCGUACCGAAGGAAAACCACUUCCAAGAACAUCUUAUUCUAGAGGUCAAAAACUCUAUCUGCCUUCAGUUCGUCCCGAAGAUGAAGGACGUUACAUUUGUUCAAUUUACUCGCCAACAAUUAGUUCAGAACCAAGCUAUGCUGAUCUUAUAAUUAAGCGACGUCUCAACAAAAAUGAGGUUGUUUGCAUGGUUUUCUAUAUAUGUACAGACCUGAAACCCAAAACCAUCAUACCCAGGCCUGUUGCAUAUGCUUGUAAACCGAAUGACUUUAAAUGCACCUCGCAUCCGCAUACUUGUGUGAAGGCUUCAAUGGUAUGUGACGGCAUUUACGACUGCACCGAUCAUUCUGACGAGUUUAAUUGCCCACGCAAUUCAAGAAAUCGAAUAAAGCGAUGGAAAAAGGAACAUAACCGUUCGAGAUCAAUUAGUGCAGCAGCAGUACCGAGACUUCCACAAUGGUCAGAUCGGGGACCUUACGAAAAUGCUCCAGUUUUGAGAUUGAAUCAACAAAGUUCUCUUUUGAAAAUUGGAGAGUCCACAGAAGUUGAUUGCUAUCCCUCCGACGAUAGCUCUACGGAAGUUAUUUGGGAGCGAGAGGAUGGAAAUCCAAUGCCAUUCAAUAUUAAGCAAGUCCAAAACAAGCUGAUAAUCACGAAUGCCGAAACUAUCGAUGCUGGAGUGUAUGUUUGCAAGUGUAAAACCGACGAGGGCGAUUUGUAUACUACCAGUUAUAAACUUGAAAUCGAAGAUCGAACAAAACCUAAAUCGAAACAACCAAAAAUUGAAUAUGCUGAAGUUGGAACGAACGUAAAACUAAAUUGUGAUGCCGAAAAUGAUCCCACUUCAUUCAGAUGGUCUCGACAGUACCUCAAUUUGCAACCUGGAAAGGAUCAAUACAAUAGAGAACUGUAUUUGGAGAAUGUCCAAGCUCGUGACGCUGGAACCUAUAUAUGCACUGGAACCCACAAUGGAGAAUCUGUAGAUUAUCCAACUAUUCUAGUAGUUACUGGAGCCAUUCCUCACUUCCAUCAAGCACCUUUAAGUUACAUGUCAUUCGCCCCUCUUCCGAAUUCAUUCUUCAAAUUUAACUUCGAAAUUACGUUCCGACCAAAGCAGCCCAAUGGCUUACUACUCUUUAACGGACAUAAGAAGGGAAGCGGAGAUUAUAUUGCUCUUUCCCUGAAUGACAGAUACCCUGAGUUCCGUUUCGACUUCGAUGGCAAACCAGUUGUUAUGCGAGCUGAAAAACCAGUUUCACUGGGAGAUUGGCACACGAUUCGAGUGAAUCGUUACCGCCGAGAUGGUUACAUGACAGUUGAUAAUCAACAUCCAGUCGGUCUGCCAUUGCUUCCUAAAGUAUCUCCAUUGGAACUUGGUGAAGAUCUUUAUAUUGGUGCUGUACCUAAAUGGGACGAUCUUCCAUCUGGAGCUAUUGAAGAUCAAGUUGGUUUCGUCGGAUGUAUCAGUCGACUGACUCUACAGGACCAAAUAAUUGAACUGUAUAAGGAUGCCAAACACAAAGAGGGAAUAACCUCCUGUGAGCCAUGCGCUGAUGAUCCUUGCCAAAACGACGGAAUUUGUUUAGAAAGUCAGACAGAAAAGGGCUACACUUGUAUAUGUCAAGAUGGAUUCACUGGAAGCAACUGCGCCGUCAUGGGUGCUUCAUGUACCUCGGGAAUUUGUGGAACUGGCCGAUGUGAAAACACCGAAAUGGGCAUGGAAUGUUAUUGUGCAUUAAAUACAACUGGCGACAGAUGUCAGUACAUCGAACACUUGAAUGAGGCCAGCAUUGCUUUCAGAGGAAACAGUUUUGCUGCCUAUAACACUCCGAGAGCUUCAAAGUUCAGUAUCAAAUUUUCAGUUAGACCCGACAGUCUGGAAGAUAGCUUGUUGCUGUAUAUUGCUGAGUCGAAGUUGGUGAGCGGUGACUUUAUUGCCGUAGUCUUAAAUGACAAACACGUUGAACUAAGGAUAAAUACCGCAGCAAGACUUCGGCCAGUUGUAAUACGUUCACUCAAUCCAUUGCCAUUGAAUAAAUGGACAGAAAUUGAAAUCAGUCGUCGCUUCGGAGAAGGUAUCCUUCGAGUUGGUGAUGAACCAGAACAAAAACAAAAACAAUCAGGCUUAGCGAGAACUCUUCACAUUAAGACACCCCUCUACAUUGGUGGCUAUGAUCAUCAAAUUACUCUGAAUCGUGACGUUAACAUCACACGAGGCUUUACCGGAUGUAUCUCAAAUCUUGUCGAAUCUGGGAAGAAGAUCAAUUUGAUUGCAGACACAAAGGAUGCUGCAAAUGUACAAAAUUGUGGAGAAAUCAAUGAAGUCGAACCACCAUCAGGAAGCGGAUACGAAAUGGACGAACUUGAUGAUGAUAAUUCCUGCCGAAGAGAUCCAUGUGAAAAUGGUGGAACCUGUUAUAUGGGAGAUGGCAAAGCCCAAUGUAACUGCCCACUUGGCUUUUCAGGGAAAAACUGUGAAAGGCAUGUUGAUAUUGGUUACAAUGCUAACUUCCGUGGAAACGGUUAUCUUGAAUUGGAUCGCAAUGUAUUUGGUCAAGAAAUCGAACAUGAAACAUCAUUUGUUGCUAUGGUUUUCUCAACUAUGGAACCAAAUGGCUUAUUGCUAUGGUGGGGACAAAAGAAGGGCGAGGAAUACAACAAUCAGGACUUUAUGGCUUUGGCUAUCGUUGAAGGUAUUGUGGAGUUCUCUUUCCGUUUGGAUGGACAAGAGAGCAUCAUUCGCAGCACAAACACCAAGGUUGACAAUGGCAAACGGCAUAUUAUAAUCUUGAAGAGGGACAAAAACGAGGCAAUGCUGGAGGUCGAUCAUAUACAACAAGGUGGUGAAUCGACACCAACCGGCAAGAAAGCCAUGAGCCUGCCAGGAAAUAUGUUCAUUGGUGGUACUCCAGACCUAGUUAAGUUCACUGGCAACCGCUACUCGAGCGGUUUCAAUGGAUGUGUUCACGUGAUAGAAGAAGAGAAAACAAUACAACUCAGUGAUGCUGCCAUAAGCGCUGUCAAUCUUGACACGUGUCCAGAUGAUGAAGACCUUGAUGGCACAGAUCCACCAGUCGUUUAAUUAUGCAUUUGCAUAAUGUUUAAUUUUUUGGCAUUAUUUUUCGCUAGUUUUACAAAGAUAAAUUAAAUUAAAAACAAACAAAAAAAAUAAGCACGAAAAAAUCAUAUUCAUUCAUAAAUAUGUAUAAGGAUUAAAAUAUGUUUUUUUUUGUAAAGUUUAGUGUAAAUUUUC